AUGCCAUUGACACCAAACGGUAAAGUUGACAAGAAUUCAUUACCAUUUCCAGAUACUGCCCAAUUUACCACCAAUACUUCAACAAAUAAUGACGGAAAGACAGCUCAACAAAUGACAACAACAGAACAAACAGUUCAUGAGAUAUGGUCACAACUUUUACCAAGUUCGCUAACACCUUCAUUACCUUUAGACGAAAGUUUCUUUGAUCUUGGCGGUCAUUCAAUUCUUGCUACAAGAUUGAUUUUUGAAUUGAGAAAAAAAUGCGGUGUUGAGAUUCCAUUACGAUUGGUAUUUGAAAAAACCACUAUAAGUGAACAAGCCAAAGAAAUUGAUAAUAUAUUAACAAGAGAUUUUAACAUUGCUAAUGAGGAAGAACCCCAACUAUCAUUAUUGCAAAAAAAUAAAAACAAAACUCAACAAGAUUCCAAAAACAACCAAAAAAAGGAUCAUGAAAUUCAAAACGAAUUUGAUUACGCUAAUGAGCUUGAAUCAUUAACAGCCGAUUAUCUUUUAUCAAAAUAUGAACCUAUCAAUGAAGAAAAUUUUUCAAGAAAAAAUUUUUUUGUUACAGGAGUUACUGGAUUUCUUGGUGCUUUCAUAGUUUCAGAUUUGCUCAGUUACCAGAAAGAUGUAAAGGUAAUUGCACAUGUUCGUGCAAAAACAAAAACUCUUGCUUUUCAAAGAGUUAAAGAAAGUUUGAAGUUGCAUUUAGUAUGGAAAGAUGAAUGGGAAUUGGAAGAGAGAAUUGAGGUUGUUUGUGGAGAUUUGGAAAAAGAAAGAUUAGGUAUUAGUGAAGAGGAAUGGGAGCAACUUGCUAAAAAAGUUGAUAUGUGUGAAGAACGAUUAAAUCGUUGGAAACAAAGAUUACAAAACUUGACAGAAAUUCAGUUACCGACUGAUUAUCCACGAGAACUCCCACCAAAAACUGUUGAAGCCAUUCAAUCAUUACAUUUAACUGAAAAAACUGCUUUAUCUGUAUUAAAUCUAUCUCUUUCCAUACCUUCUUCAAAUCUCAAUACAACAAAAGUUGAACAUCCUUCUCCUUUCAUAAUACUUUUAUCUGCUUUCACAAUAUUGUUACAUAAAUAUACCGGCAAUGAAGAUAUAGCAGUUGGUUCUUCCUCUGGUAUUAGAAAUCCACUUGUUUUAAGAUUUUCAAUAAGCCCAAACGAUUCUUUUGAAGAAGUUGUAUUGAAAAUUCAACGAGUAGAACGUGAAGCAACUGAUGAUGAAGUUCCCUUUGAAUUAUUAUUUCCAAGUUUAUUUUCAGACACAAAACCACUUGAUAGUAAUUCAAAAUCUUCUUUAAGAAAAUCAUCAAUUAAUGGAUUAGCACAAAAUUUAAAAUCUCCAUUUCGGGUUCGUUUUUUCAAUCAAACUGAUACUCCUGAAAAUCCACAUUUACAAGCUACCUCCUCCAUUACCGAUCUUACUGUAUUCAUCAAUUCUCAUUCGACUUCUUCACUUCGCCAAGCACUCUUACCCUCGAUCGAAAUACGAAUCACCUACAAUCAAAUUUUAUUUUCUGAAAAAAGAAUCUCGCAUAUUCUAGAUCAACUUGUCGCCGUCAUCAAUAAUGCUGCUCAAAACAAACAAACCAAAAUCUCUGAUAUGUCGAUUCUAAAUGAUAGAUGUCUCGGUAUAAUUCCUGAUCCAAGUGCUGAUUUAAAAUGGUCAGAGUUUCGUGGUUCAAUAACGGAUAUCUUUUCCAAAAACGCAAAAAAUUUCCCAAAGAAACAUUGUGUUGUCGAAUCAACUGUUAGUGCUGGUGAUUUACGUAUAUUUAAUUAUUGUCAAAUUCAUGAAGCUUCAAAUAUUGUUGCGCAUUAUUUAUUAAAAAACGGAAUUGAAAGAGAAGAUGUUGUAAUGAUUUAUGCGCAUCGUAAUGUAGAACUUGUAAUUGCUAUUAUGGGUAUUCUUAAAGCAGGAGCCACAUUCAGUGUAAUUGAUCCAGCUUACCCAGCCGAUCGUCAAAAUAUUUAUCUCUCUGUCGCUACUCCUCGCGGAUUAAUAGUUCUUGAAAAAUCGGGAUUAUUGCAUGAAUCAGUCAGGUCGUAUAUUUAUGAAAAGUUACAAAUUAAAUGUGAAAUUCCAGGAAUGAAAAUAUUAAAUGAUGGUCAAUUGAAGGGUGGAAGUAUUGAUGAUAAUAAUGUCGAUAUAUUUGAUUCAGUGCUUGAGUUGAAAUCCCAAGAUGUUGGUGUAGUUAUUGGUCCCGAUAGUAUUGGAACUUUAAGUUUUACAAGUGGUAGUACUGGGACCCCAAAAGGUGUACGUGGAAGACAUUUUUCACUUACUCAUUAUUAUCCAUGGAUGUCUAAAGUUUUUGAACUUUCUGAGAAUGAUAGAUUUACUAUGCUUAGCGGAAUUGCACAUGAUCCUAUACAACGUGACAUAUUUACGACAUUAUAUCUUGGUGCUGAAUUACAUAUACCAACUACUGAAGAUAUUAGUAUUCCUGGUAAAUUGGCAUCAUGGAUGUCAAAACACCAAAUCACUGUAACACAUUUAACACCUGCUAUGGGUCAAUUACUUUCCACCAAUGCUGUCACACUAAUACCUACUUUACGCAAUGCAUUUUUUGUUGGUGACAUUUUAACAAAACGCGAUUGUAACCGUCUUCAACAUCUCGCACAUAACACUAGAAUUAUCAAUAUGUAUGGAACAACUGAAACUCAACGUUCUGUCUCAUAUUUCCUCAUCCCGCCACUUUCCAUUGAUUCAACAUUUUUAUCAUCACAAAAAGAUGUUAUGCCAGCUGGUAAAGGAAUGCAAAACGUUCAAUUAAUUAUUGUAAACAGACAUAAAAAAGAUAUUUUAUGUGGUGUUGGUGAAAUAGGUGAAAUAUACGUGAGAGCUGGCGGUUUAUGUGAAGGUUAUUUGAGACUUGAUGAAGCUACCAAAGAAAAAUUCUUGUAUAAUUGGUUUGUAGAUAGUCCCCAAGAAAUUGGAAAAAAUGGAGAGGGGGGGGAGAAAGAGGAGGAAUGGAGAAAAUACUGGAAAGGAAAGAGAGAUCGAUUAUAUAAAUCCGUGGAAUGUGUUGGUAGAGCAGAUCAUCAAGUUAAAAUUCGUGGAUUUAGAAUCGAACUUGAAGAGAUUGACUCGCAUCUUUCACAGCAUCCACUUGUUAGAGAGAAUGUUACAUUAGUACGUAGAGACAAAUAUGAGGAACAAACAUUAGUUAGUUAUUUUGUACCUAAUGAAGGUGAUGGACUUGAUGAAUUCCUUAGCUCGACUGAUGAAAGUGAUAGUGUUGUCGAAAACCCUUUACAGGAUCUUACUAAAAGAAGAUAUAGAAGACUUGUUAAACAAAUUAGGGAUUAUUUAAAAUUGAGAUUGCCAAUUUACAGUAUACCAAGUGUAUUUAUUCCUUUAAGAAAAAUGCCAUUGACACCAAACGGUAAAGUUGACAAGAAUUCAUUACCAUUUCCAGAUACUGCCCAAUUUACCACCAAUACUUCAACAAAUAAUGACGGAAAGACAGCUCAACAAAUGACAACAACAGAACAAACAGUUCAUGAGAUAUGGUCACAACUUUUACCAAGUUCGCUAACACCUUCAUUACCUUUAGACGAAAGUUUCUUUGAUCUUGGCGGUCAUUCAAUUCUUGCUACAAGAUUGAUUUUUGAAUUGAGAAAAAAAUGCGGUGUUGAGAUUCCAUUACGAUUGGUAUUUGAAAAAACCACUAUAAGUGAACAAGCCAAAGAAAUUGAUAAUAUAUUAACAAGAGAUUUUAACAUUGCUAAUGAGGAAGAACCCCAACUAUCAUUAUUGCAAAAAAAUAAAAACAAAACUCAACAAGAUUCCAAAAACAACCAAAAAAAGGAUCAUGAAAUUCAAAACGAAUUUGAUUACGCUAAUGAGCUUGAAUCAUUAACAGCCGAUUAUCUUUUAUCAAAAUAUGAACCUAUCAAUGAAGAAAAUUUUUCAAGAAAAAAUUUUUUUGUUACAGGAGUUACUGGAUUUCUUGGUGCUUUCAUAGUUUCAGAUUUGCUCAGUUACCAGAAAGAUGUAAAGGUAAUUGCACAUGUUCGUGCAAAAACAAAAACUCUUGCUUUUCAAAGAGUUAAAGAAAGUUUGAAGUUGCAUUUAGUAUGGAAAGAUGAAUGGGAAUUGGAAGAGAGAAUUGAGGUUGUUUGUGGAGAUUUGGAAAAAGAAAGAUUAGGUAUUAGUGAAGAGGAAUGGGAGCAACUUGCUAAAAAAGUUGAUGUAAUUGUACAUAACGGAGCUUUGGUACAUUGGGUUUAUCCAUAUUCAAAACUACGAGCUGCAAAUGUAAUUGGUACAAUUUGGGCUAUGAGACUUGCAUCGACUCAUCACACUAAAUCUUUUAAUUUUGUUAGUUCAACAUCUGUACUUGAUACAGACCAUUAUGUUAAUCUCAGUGAUUCAAUAAUUGGAAAAGGUGGAAAAGGUAUUUAUGAAAAUGAUGAUUUGAACGGUAGUAGGGUAGGAUUAAGAAAUGGAUACGGGCAAUCUAAAUGGGUUGCAGAAAAAUUGAUUAUGGAAGCUCAUAGUAGAGGACUCCCAGCAACAAUUAUUAGGCCUGGUUAUGUUGUUGGACAUUCUAAAACUGGUGUCACAAAUACAGAUGAUUUUCUUUGGAGAUUAGUUAAAGGAUGUAUUCAACUUGGUUUAAUUCCAACCAUUCAUAAUAUAAUUAACAUGUGUCCAGUUGACUAUGUAUCUAAUUGUAUAGCGAGUGUUUCAUUGUCACCAUCAACAUCUACAUCAAAAUUUAUAUUUCAUAUAACUCAUCCAUCAAAUCCAUCAUUUAGGUUUGAAAAUUUAUUUAAUGCAUUACCACUUUACGGAUACGAAGUUAAAAAAAUUGAAUAUAUUAUAUGGAGAGAUAGGUUAAUGGAAUUCACAUUGAAAGCUCAAGAUAAUGCUUUAUAUCCUUUGCUACAUUUUGUUCUUGAUGAUUUACCAGCAUCAACCAAAUCUCCUGAAUUGGAUGACAGCAAUACACAAGAAAUUAUUGCCAGCAAGGAGGAAAAAUUUCAAGGUAUAGAUGAGAAAUUAAUGGGUAUUUAUUUAGGAUAUUUGGUUAAAGUGGGAUUUUUAGAUAAACCGCAAAAAAACCCCGUUUUGGAAUUACCAGAUGUUUCUGCUGCUAUUAAUGACAUCAAAGCAUUGAAAAGAAGUGAUAGAAAUGGUGUAUAUAGAGCAUUUCCUUUUAUGAAAUCCAUUUUAUCAAUUGAUAAACCAUCAGUUAUGUCAUUGUCUCUUACUUUAGCACACCCAAUAGCAUUACAGGAUUUAAUUGAGGAGCUGAAUUAUUAUUAUGCUCUUCAUAAUAAAUUUGAUGAUGAUAGAUUUGUGGUUGUUGCAAUUGAUAACUUUGAUUCUCUUGAUCUUGAUAAGUCAAUACUGGUUGUUCUUGAUAUAUUUGUUGUAUUGGCUGUUCUUGAUAUAUUGACUGUAUUGGUUGUUCUUGAUAUGUUGGUUGUAUUGGUUGUUCUUGAUAUAUCGGCUGUAUUGAUUGUUCUUGAUAAACUUGUGCCACUUGAUAAUUUUGUUCCUCUUGAUAGAAUACUGGUUGUUCUUGAUAUAUUUGUUGUAUUGGCUGUUCUUGAUAUAUUGACUGUAUUGGACGAUCCUCAUCUUCGUGGGCCCGGUAGAUCUAUCUUUGAUUUUUCCGAUUUUUAUAAGGUGAGCGUUCUCACUGGACAUGUUGUUGAGUUUUAUAUUAAUGAAGUUACGCUGGCUAGAGACCUGUUAGCAGAUAUCCAAAAAGGAUUGAAAUACGAGUAUAUGCUUUACAAACAGAUUGAAAAGAACAAUGUCUUGAGUUAUUCUAAUAAAACUCAAUUUUACGUUGAUGGAAAUUGGAUUAAUAUAAGUGACGGGAACAUAGACCUUCAUGAAGUUGAAAGAUUUAUUGGUACAAUGGUUGAUCAACUUAAUAAAUUUGGUUUUUUUGUUUCAAAUGUUGGAUAUUCUGAAAAAGCCAUUAAUCAAUCACAAUUUAAAAAUAAAAAUAAUAGAAAAAUUAUAGAUCCAUCUAUCUAUGAUGAAAUCACCAUUGAUAAUUUAGAAAAAGAUUCUAAUCUACCUAUUACAAAAGAUGGUACAAUUAACGUUGCUG